GGGCGCCGGGAAUUAGUGACUAGACUGGGGCGCGUAGCGGCCUUCAGAUUUGGACUCAGGUGUGCACAAGUGGAGCGACGUAGAGAUGGAGGUGAGCCCGGCGGCGCGUGGUACCGACUGUGUUCGGGAACGGAGAGGCUCGUCCGAAGCUGAAAGGAGGAGCCAAGAUGAGCCACCUCAGUCCGGGAUGAACGGACUUCCGAAACACUCCUACUGGCUGGAUGUCUGGCUCUUCAUCCUUUUUGACCUAGUGUUGUUCGUCUUCGUGUACCUCUUGCCCUGACUGGUUUGCUGAGAGUCAACAACGGGAUUUCUGGAGUGAAGCCUGAAAACUACUAUAGACUUCUUGACUGAAGAGGACUUCCAGCAGCUGAAUUCCACACUUCUAACCUUUCCUUCAGCCCUUGAGCUUCCUAAAGUAGUACCAUACGUUUAAAACCUGUUUUUUUAAUGGUUGAAUUAAUAUGAUUGUAACUAAAUGAUAUAUAAUAUAUAUUUUUAAUAAUGCCUGUAACUUAAGUACUUAAGGGAAAUUUCUGUGAUAUUUACUCAUCCAACAGGUAUUGGGGCCCCUCAUUAUUACCCAGGCAUUGGUUUGGACACAGCAGUGAACAUCAGCAAAAAAAUGUUAUCUUUGUGAAGCUUACUUUCUCAAAUAUUGUUGUUUUAAAGCUAUGCUAUUAUAAAAUAGUUACCCAGGAUUGAAUAGGUAGCAUUUACUCAGAAAGAUCAUAGUCCCAAAGCAGCUACUAGAAAUAUUUUGGAAGCUGUUCUUUUUCAUCUUAAGACCUGGGUAAUUAGAAGAACUUUUUUACUAUUGGUUUUAGUGCAGUUCAGUAUAUGAGAACUGCCUAAAAUAUGCAGAGGGGGUGUUCUCUCUUAGAAUUCACAAUAUUUGGUUAAUGGUUAACCAUUGUCUUAAGAUACUGCUGCAUUUGCUUGGAUCAUUUUGUGCAAAAUGUAACUGAGGUAUGUGGAUUAAACACAGGGCACUGAGUUUGCCACACUCUGGGACCUGAUUUGUACUGCUUACUAUUUUCUCUAAUAAAUGUUUAAUCACUGAA